UGUCGGGGCAUGGCGCCGAAAAACAAGAAAGGGCGGUUUGUUAAAAAGGGACAUGAAAAACAAGUAACAGCAUUGUCUAAAGGUAGAGACACUCGUUGGUUUUCAGAUUCCUGUUCAAGUUCGAAUUCAGGGCCGAUUUUAUUCGCUGAACUUGAUCACAGUUACGACUCGUGUAGUGUAAACAAAGACCCUGUGUGUAAUGUUUCAAGACAAGAAGAUAUUGUGACAACCUUAUCUAACGAUGAAGAACCUGGAUGGCGAACGGGAAGGCGAGUUAUUGAGUUAGGAACUUUAGCAGAUGGUCUGAAAGCGUGUAAGCUAUGUAGCCAGCCAUUACAUUUGAUAAACACUGUAGGUGAGAGGAAAUUUGGGCUAGCGCAAAUUUUAGAAGUGAAGUGCACGUAUUCGGAAUGUGGCCUGGUUAAUGACGUUCCAACUGGAAGUAAACAUACAACAGAGAAUGGAAGACAGGCUUGGGAUGUGAAUACCAAGUUAGCUGCAGGGAUGAUAAAUGGAGGAUUUGGGGAGACACACAUUAACAGUAUUCUUGCUGCCUUGAACAUUCCAAGCAUCACCCAAACAGCACUUAAGAGGAGGGAGAGAGAAGUCGGACACCAACUUAACUGUAUGGCAGAUGAAUCAUGCAAGAAGCAGUUGAAUAAAGAACUAGAAAUGAGUGAUGGAAAACUGACCGUUUCUUUUGAUGGUGCCUGGCAAAAGCGUGGGACUGGUCAUGCUUAUAACAGCCUAACAGGACAUGCCACAUUAUUUGGAAAAAAAACAAAGAAAUGCAUUAAAUAUGCUGUUAAAGGAAAGAGAUGCAGGAUAUGUGAUGCGGCAAAGGACAAAGGAGUUUGUCCACAAAAACAUAACUGUUCACGUAAUUGGUCCGGUUCUUCAAAAGCCAUGGAACCAGCCAUGGCUUGUGAAAUGGUGCAGAGCAUUUAUGAUGAUGGAGGAAAGGUAGAUACGCUUGUAAUGGAUAAUGAUUCCACUACUAUUGCUCGACUUAAAGCCACAGUUGACAAUACCAUAUCCAAGCAGGCUGAUAAAAACCACACCAAAAAAGGGUUCACAAAUGCUUUGUUUGAGCUGAGCAACAACCACAAGAUCCUGAAGAAUACAAAAGUUCGCAACCAUAUAGAGAAAUGUUUCAUAUAUUGCGUAAGUCAAAACGAGGGCAAACCAAAAGAAAUAGCUGAUGGAUUGCAGAAUAUAGUCCCUCACUUAUACGGAGAACAUGAUGGUUGUGGCUUAUGGUGCAAGAAUGAAAAAAAGGACUACAAACCAAGAAAUUUACCUUUUGGGAAACCAUUGAAUUGUCCAAAUUUUCGAGAUGCCUUAGAAAAUCUAUUCCUAAAAUAUGCUGCAAAGGCAGAUGAGCUUGCAUCUCUUGGUUCAACACAGGUCAACGAAAACUUUAAUCACAUGGUGUCGUCAAAAGCUCCAAAACGAUUGUAAGUCAAA